AUGGCGGCACUCGCACCGCUGGGGACGCACACCCGCCCAUACCGGGACUACCUGACGCCCUCGCUUCACACCAGGUUCGUACGAGCCAGCAAGUACACGCUGCUGCUAUGCUACGCCAUGGCAUGCUGGAUGGGCAAUUGGAAUCACCUGGUAUGGCUAUGGCUACCCUUCGGCCCCACGGGCAUUCGCACCCUUCUCCUCUUCAUCCCCGCCCUCGCCAUCUACUUGCUUCGAAUCGCGCAAUGGCACGUUGGCUCGCGACAAACUUUGACACGCGCCGAAACCUUCCAGAAGUACUUUUUCAGGAAGAACACCAUCGUGACCUUCAUCUUCUACGCCUUUUCUGCCUGGCUCUACAACGAAGUCUACACGUGGUCGCGCACCGCCGAGGACAGGCUGAACUUCACCGAGCUAGGGCGCGCCCAUGAGCGGCUCAAGCUGAACGAGCGCCCGCUGUACUUGCGCUUCUUGUUCCUCGCACUGGCAUUCGCCCAGACGGGCGUGCAUUUGUGGAACGACUACGAUCGAAUCCAUGUGCCAGCCAUGCAACCCAGGACGCCUGGUGGCCAAGACGCAGCGGCCGAGACACCGGUGAGGAGGGGUCCCAAGCCGAGAAUGGUGCUCUUGAAGCAGCUGCAGCCCAUGUCCAUCACCUCACUAAGGCUGGCACUGCUUGUCGCCGCCGUUGGGUCUGUUUCCUACUUCGCGGGGCCCCGCUACCUGAUCUGGGAGUAUUACUACAGCUUCAGCCGGUACUUCAUCAGCUUGUCCAAAACAUCCAAGCCAACUGGGCUGGCGCCUUUUGCGCCUUUGGUAGCCAAGUUCGUCACAGAAGGCACUUUCCUCGUGCUCCUGUGGGAGUUUGUCAACAAGGCUUUCGACCUGUACAUCGCACAGGAGCCACUGAAGAACAACAAGCCCAUUACGAGUGACUCCAAGGACCCUAACGGAACACUGCUGAACGGGCUGAAGUCGAACAAGGAUGCCAACAAGGCUAUGGCGUUUUGGGAAUUGGCCCUCAUUACCGAAGCGUUCCCUGACCGCCGGAAGACGAUCUACAGCGAGAUGGAACGCAAGAAAGCUGCAACCUUUCAGCAGGUCACCGACUUAUGCCUUGCUGAGAUCAGGCUCCUUGUCGACCGCUUGAACAUUGGUCUCGACCCAACCUACCAACCUGCGGCUGCCUCGGCUGUGCCACAGCCCACGCCAUCCGUCGAUCUGGUCCCUCAGAUCUCUCAGCCGCUCAAGGAUGACAAGCAAGUCGUCGCUCUUCCACCGAAACCCAACACGAGGUGGGAGCAUUUUGAGGCUGCAACAUCCGGGAUUGCCAAGCUGCACAGCUCACCAGGCAACUCCCAGCAAGCCUAUGGUCGCGAGGCUAUUCACAGGGGCAUGAAGAAGGCCCAAGAAGGUGCUCAGCAGGCAGAAUCCGCUGCAUCGACCGCGUCCACCAAGAUCCUGUCGUCACCCUUCGGCUAUGUAUUCAGCCAUUCCCUACCACGCAGGGCAAAGCUCGUUGUCCUCGGUGCACCCUUCUCCCGCAUCUCGCUGAUCUGCAACGCCAUCACUGCCCUCACGAACCUCGCCGUAUUCUCUAUUGCCGAGGAUGCGAUUGGGCGGUUCCACGAGAGCGUUCCGGCCAUCGUACGCACCUUCACCGCAGCUAUCAACAAGAUGGAUGCGUACAUGGCGAGCCUCCAAGUUCACUGGAGCGACAAGGACACGUUAGCCAAGCCAGAAGGCGAACGCAAGAGAGUCGCAGAGGUGGAGCAGGUCAAAGACUGCCUACGAAAGGGGCUGCACAACGUUCUCGGGAGCUUCGAACAGUACUUGAGUGGUAUGGGUAUGAGCAGGCUGGAGGUAUCCGAUGCGCAAAAGGCAGCAGCUGUGGCGAGGCAGCCUGAGAUGAUGCAAGCGCCUGCUGCCAGGUAG